UCGAAGCGGGUCUUUGGAAAACGAGCCGUCGAGCGACGAGUUGAAUCAACGAUGUUAGCGUCGACGAGGGCCGUGAAUGAGGCCAUCGCGCUGUGCGAGCAGGAAGAGCUCAGGAUCAGCGAGAGCAUCCAACGAUGGAAAGAGAUACUGCGAUCCAUGAGAAGACCCCAGGGAGAUCCUCCCAGAGAAGAUGUGAAGACCGUCACCGAAGGGUCAGAUGCGCACGCUGAGGAAGAAGAGGAGGAUGAGGAAGUGGAGCUGCUGCAACGAGCCCUGGAGAAGGCACUGCUUGUCCGGAGCACAUCGGGGGCCGCCAAGGGUACGGCUUCUGUGGACCGGGAGAGCAGAGACGGGAAAGGCAGAAAUCGGGCGACAGGGAGGAACCACCCAACUGGCCAGCUGGUCCAUAAACGCCCCUCCGUGUCUCAGAAAGACUGGAAUCGCGGAUCUAGAAGCAAUGCCGUGUCUGUUGCUACUGGGAAGGGUAAAGAAGCAGCACGUUGCUGCACGGUCACUGGCAGAGCCGCUGCAGGCAGAGCCAGUAUUGCCGCCCAAACCAGAGUAACUGAGCAGAGGGGGGAAAGACAGCUUUGCAGCUCGGAAAACAACAAGCGUCCUGUCUCAGCUCCUGCUGCGGGGAACCGGUGCCGCAGGCAGAUGGACUUGCGGAGAAGUCUGGUGGCCAGAGAUUUAGGCAGAGUUGCCACCACUUGCCAGCCUCUCAGCAAGGAUCCUGUCUCAGUUGCCGGUGGGAAGAGGACAGCGCCAGGAGACAACGAGCAGUCUUCUCCAAAAGAUGACGUGUACGAAACAGUUUUGUUGUUGUUGUUGUUAUUAUUUCCUUAACCCAUAGCCCCUUCCGAAGAUGAUCUGUAUGAAAUUGUUUCUUUAUCAGUAUGUCGCUUAUCCUGCUAUUGUAUCCAGUCUGAGUUCCAGGUUGAUCUCUUUAUGGCUACAAAACCCCUCGCAAACCCCUCUGGGGACUUGAACCAAACAUAUUAAAAGAAUAGUGUCGUGGUUAGAGCUUUUGCGCUGCAACUGAAGGACCCGCGUUUGAAUCCCUACUGAUGCUCCAGUGCCCUUAAUCGAGAUACUUGCCCUGGAUUGCCCCAAC